UAAAGCGAGGAGCCGCAGUACUGCCCCUUUAAUGUGCGAGUGGGGCCCCUCCCAGUGGUUUGAGCCAGAGCUCAGAGGAGUGAGAGGAGGCAGCGCUCGCACACAAUGGUCUGCCCCAGUGCUCCCUGCUAAUCCCGCUGCCAAUACUGAGCUCUCAGCGGCCGGAGGAGAAGGAAGGGGCAGUGCGGGCGCGGGGAGGAACAAUCGCUGCAGCCCCCGAUGUCUCACUGAGUCGCGGCGCAUCUGUCACACACACAGGGGACAAUACAGACGCACCGCCCGAUCCAGCGGAGAAUGGCGGAUCCUCGCAGCCUGGACAGCGUAUCCCUGCCGCUGGAGGUGAGAGCCAGACUGGCCGAGCUGGAGCUGGAAUUAUCCGAAGGUCAUCCAUGUAUCUCGGGUCCCUCUGCAAUGAGAUGGCAUGGGCGGACUUGGAAAACAGCUGCAUUAUGUGACAUCACGCAGAAAGGCUAUGAAAAGAAACGCGCAAAGUUAAUAGGAGCAUAUUUGCCCAAGCCCACAGGGAUGGAGCAGGCGUUACCCCCAGAACGAAGAACCCCUGUCACCCCUUCCUCUUCCUCCAGGUAUCACCGCCGACGCUCUUCAGGUUCUCGAGAUGAACGAUAUCGAUCGGAUGUUCAUACAGAAGCAGUGCAGGCAGCCCUGGCUAAAAAUAAAGAAAGGAAGAUGGCCGUACCAAUGCCAUCCAAACGGCGCUCCCUGGUGGUACAAACCUCAAUGGAUGCCUACACACCCCCAGAUACCUCUUCAGGCUCAGAAGAUGAAGGCUCUGUACAAGGGGACUCCCAAGGUACUCCCACGUCAAGUCAGGGUAGUAUAAACAUGGAACACUGGAUCACCCAAGCGAUCCAUGGAUCUACCACAUCGACCACUUCUUCCUCUUCAACGCAAAGCGGAGGCAGUGGUGCCGCACAUAGAUUAGCGGACGUCAUGGCCCAGACACACAUAGAAAACCAUUCGGCCCCUCCAGACGUUACCACGUACACCUCAGAGCACUCGAUACAAGUGGAAAGGCCACAGGGGUCAACAUCGCGGGCGGCUCCCAAAUACGGAAACGCUGAGCUUAUGGAGACCGGAGACGGAGUCCCUGUGAGCAGCAGAGUGUCGGCAAAGAUACAGCAACUGGUGAAUACCUUAAAAAGGCCCAAAAGGCCACCGUUACGGGAGUUCUUCGUGGACGACUUUGAGGAGUUAUUAGAAGUUCAACAACCAGACCCCAACCAGCCCAAGCCAGAAGGAGCGCAGAUGUUAGCCAUGCGAGGGGAGCAGCUGGGAGUCGUCACAAACUGGCCCCCUUCAUUAGAAGCCGCGCUGCAGCGAUGGGGAACCAUUUCUCCGAAAGCCCCCUGCCUUACUACCAUGGACACAAAUGGGAAACCGCUCUACAUCUUGACGUAUGGAAAGUUAUGGACCAGGAGUAUGAAGGUGGCCUACAAUAUACUGCAUAAACUUGGCACAAAGCAGGAACCAAUGGUCCGACCUGGAGACAGGGUUGCCCUUGUAUUCCCAAAUAAUGAUCCAGCUGCAUUUAUGGUAGCAUUCUACGGCUGCUUAUUGGCUGAAGUUGUACCUGUCCCCAUUGAAGUGCCACUCACCCGGAAGGACGCAGGAAGCCAACAAAUCGGCUUUUUGUUGGGAAGUUGUGGGGUAACUGUGGCCUUGACGAGUGAUGCCUGCCAUAAAGGUCUGCCAAAGAGCCCCACGGGGGAGAUCCCACAGUUUAAAGGUUGGCCAAAACUGCUUUGGUUUGUCACGGAAUCCAAACACUUGUCCAAACCGCCGCGGGACUGGUUUCCGCAUAUCAAAGAUGCAAACAAUGACACUGCCUACAUUGAGUACAAAACCUGCAAAGAUGGAAGCGUUCUGGGAGUAACGGUGACAAGGAUUGCACUUCUCACCCACUGUCAGGCUCUAACACAAGCAUGUGGAUACACAGAAGCGGAAACCAUUGUGAAUGUCUUGGAUUUCAAGAAAGAUGUGGGACUGUGGCACGGGAUUCUCACGAGUGUCAUGAACAUGAUGCAUGUUAUUAGCAUCCCGUACUCCCUUAUGAAAGUGAAUCCAUUGUCUUGGAUACAGAAGGUCUUCCAGUACAAAGCUAAAGUUGCUUGUGUGAAAUCAAGGGACAUGCACUGGGCGUUGGUCGCACACCGGGACCAGAGAGACAUCAACCUCUCCUCACUGCGCAUGCUGAUUGUGGCUGAUGGUGCAAACCCCUGGUCCAUUUCUUCUUGUGACGCUUUUCUCAAUGUCUUCCAAAGCAAAGGUCUGCGGCAAGAAGUCAUUUGUCCCUGUGCCAGCUCACCGGAGGCUCUUACUGUAGCCAUAAGGAGGCCAACUGACGACAGCAACCAGCCACCAGGGAGGGGGGUUUUAUCAAUGCAAGGCCUCACCUAUGGCGUCAUUAGAGUGGACUCGGAAGAAAAGCUCUCUGUAUUGACAGUGCAAGAUGUUGGGACAGUAAUGCCUGGUGCUAUUAUGUGUACAGUGAAACCAGAUGGGAUUCCACAGCUGUGUCGGACGGAUGAAAUAGGAGAACUUUGCGUCUGUGCUCUUGCUACGGGUACAUCCUAUUAUGGCCUUUCUGGCAUGACCAAGAACACAUUUGAGGUUUUCCCAAUGAUGAGCUCAGGAGCGCCAAUCAGUGAAUAUCCAUUUGUACGGACAGGCCUUCUGGGAUUUAUAGGACCAGCUGGGUUGGUCUUUGUUGUGGGGAAAAUGGAUGGUCUAAUGGUUGUCAGCGGACGACGGCAUAAUGCGGACGACAUUGUAGCAACCGCCCUGGCAGUGGAACCGAUGAAAUUUGUUUACAGAGGAAGGAUAGCAGUGUUUUCUGUGAAUGUGCUACAUGAUGAGCGAAUCGUUAUUGUAGCAGAGCAGAGACCAGAUUCCACAGAGGAAGACAGUUUCCAGUGGAUGAGCAGAGUUCUUCAGGCUAUUGACAGUAUACACCAAGUUGGGGUGUACUGUUUAGCAUUGGUACCAGCAAACACACUCCCCAAAACCCCUUUAGGUGGCAUUCACCUAUCAGAGACCAAGCAACUGUUCCUUGAGGGAUCACUUCAUCCGUGUAACGUGCUGAUGUGUCCACACACGUGUGUAACAAACUUGCCUAAGCCAAGGCAAAAGCAGCCAGAAAUUGGCCCUGCCUCUGUGAUGGUGGGGAACCUGGUCUCUGGGAAAAGAAUUGCACAAGCUAGUGGACGGGAUCUGGGGCAAAUAGAAGAUAAUGAUCAGGCCAGAAAGUUCCUGUUCCUGUCUGAGGUUCUGCAGUGGCGAGCGCAAACCACACCUGACCAUGUGCUUUAUACUCUACUAAAUUCAAGGGGAACAAUAGCCAACUCUCUAACAUGUAGCCAGCUGCAUAAGCGAGCAGAGAAGAUUGCGGUCAUGCUCAUGGAAAGGGGGCAUUUACAGGACGGAGACCAUGUUGCUCUGGUUUAUCCUCCAGGAAUAGACCUGAUCGCAGCGUUUUACGGCUGCCUGUACGCUGGCUGUGUGCCAAUAACUGUUCGACCCCCACAUCCGCAAAAUAUAGCAACUACGUUGCCCACAGUGAAGAUGAUCGUAGAGGUGAGUCGGUCUGCCUGUCUCAUGACCACUCAGCUUAUAUGUAAACUGCUACGGUCGAGAGAAGCAGCUGCUGCCGUAGACGUCAGAACGUGGCCUCCGAUUCUGGACACUGAUGAUUUGCCAAAGAAAAGACCAUCCCAAAUCUACAAACCGUCUGACCCAGAAAUAUUGGCUUACCUUGAUUUUAGCGUGUCUACAACUGGAAUGCUUGCUGGGGUGAAGAUGUCCCAUGCAGCCACUAGUGCCUUUUGUCGUUCUAUAAAACUUCAAUGUGAGCUGUAUCCAUCUAGAGAGGUUGCUAUAUGUCUGGAUCCUUAUUGUGGCCUGGGGUUUGUCCUUUGGUGCCUCUGCAGCGUGUAUUCAGGACACCAGUCUAUUCUGAUUCCUCCCUCAGAGCUGGAACUCAAUCCUGCCUUGUGGCUCCUGGCUGUCAGUCAGUACAAAGUGAGAGACACAUUCUGUUCCUACUCAGUCAUGGAGCUUUGCACCAAGGGACUUGGCUUACAGACUGAAUCCCUGAAGGCAAGGGGGCUGGACCUGUCCAGGGUACGGACCUGCGUUGUGGUGGCCGAGGAACGUCCUAGAAUAUCUCUCACCCAGUCUUUCUCAAAGUUAUUCAAAGACUUGGGUCUCCAUCCAAGGGCUGUAAGCACAUCGUUUGGCUGCCGAGUUAACUUAGCCAUAUGUUUGCAGCCACACAGGCUGGGGACACUGGCUGAGCAGGGAACGUCUGGGCCUGAUCCCACGACUGUAUAUGUAGACAUGAGGGCGCUGCGACAUGACAGGGUCCGAUUGGUAGAAAGAGGGUCACCACACAGUUUGCCUCUAAUGGAAUCAGGAAAAAUCCUCCCAGGCGUUCGCAUAAUUAUUGCAAAUCCAGAAACCAAGGGGCCACUUGGAGACUCUCAUCUCGGAGAGAUUUGGGUUCAUAGUGUACACAACGCCAGUGGGUAUUUCACAAUUUACGGAGAUGAGUCUCUGCAGUCUGACCAUUUCAGCUCUCGGCUCAGUUUUGGAGACACGCAGACGGUCUGGGCACGAACGGGCUACCUGGGGUUCUUAAGGAGGACAGAGCUCACAGAUGCAAAUGGAGAACGGCACGAUGCGCUUUAUGUUGUCGGGGCACUAGACGAAGCAAUGGAAUUACGGGGAAUGAGAUAUCAUCCAAUUGAUAUUGAAACAUCAGUGAUUCGAGCCCACAAGUGUGUGACAGAAUGUGCUGUUUUCACCUGGACGAAUUUGUUGGUGGUGGUAGUCGAACUAGACGGGUCGGAGCAGGAGGCCUUGGACCUGGUACCGCUGGUUACUAAUGUGAUCCUGGAGGAACAUUAUUUGAUCGUAGGCGUAGUCGUAGUGGUGGACAUUGGUGUCAUUCCUAUCAACUCCCGUGGAGAGAAACAGCGUAUGCACCUACGAGAUGGGUUUUUAGCAGAUCAGCUAGAUCCUAUAUAUGUGGCCUACAACAUGUAGUCUUGUACUAUAAAGCUUCCAUGGACUUUACACUAGAUGUAUAAAUUUUUUUGUUUUGUUUUAUCAGUGUCCACUAGAUAACGGAGGUGCAAAUAUGGAGACGGCCUUGCUCAGAAUGGAACUUCUUUAUUAUUUUAAUCUACCAAUUUCUCAUAAUUGGCCAGAGAAAACAAAAAAUGUGAAAUUUCUUUUUCUUGUUUGUACCACUACAUUUUAGCACCGAGAGACUUUAUUGGUACUGUCUCGUAUUGUAUUGCCUCAGUUAAACCUCCUAAGUGCCGCAGAGAUCUGCAGAAUUUUUGCGUUUCUUUGCGCCACUCAACUGGUUUAAAUAUGCCAAUCGCAAAUCGCAGAACCUUGUUUUUUUUUUUCCUCGUUGUUUGUUUUUAUGUUGCUGUUUUUUCAGUAGCAAUGGAUUUUAUGAAGGUUUUUUUAUUAUUAAUGUAAAAACUUCAGACAGGUUAAUUUUUAACAAAACAACCUUUUACAGUGGCAGAGUUUUUUCUGUGGUUUAAGGUUUGUGGUUUGUUGGAAAACAUCUUCUAGAUCAUUUUUAUUAAGCCAUUUCUGAUGUCGGGUUAUUUUGAACAAAAGGUACGAACAGGAAAUAUAAAAAAAAUAUCUCUACAAAAAAGCCACGUUAGAAAGCAGUGAUCAGUUAUAUACAUGUGUACAGAUGGAGCUGGGGAAACUUAUCAGCUGUUUGCUCCAUCUAUUGAUAGUUGCUUUGAUAUCAGUAGAAAGGAACUUUACCAUGUGAAUGGUACUUGACUGUAAAUUGAGCUCCAUCUCUGUUGCUAGGAAUUGCCCACUUUACAGCCAAUUAUUAUAUCUGUGCUCCGUUUAAAGGAAAUGUAAUCCUGCAUGAAGAAUUGAUGUAAAAUUGUUUAGAAUUCUCUUCUAUGCACUUUGUGCAAUCCACAUUUGUUUUUUAUGGCAGAUUACAAGAUAAUAGGAAAAAUUUAUACUGCUUAUAUAACAAAAUUGAAACAACAGCACCUCCUUCGGAUCAGUUCUUCCAACCGUGAUAUAGUUAGGAGAAAAUAUCAGGAAACUGGUCUGAUUUUGCUCUUAGAAAGACAUAAAAAAGUCAUCUAGGCAGAGCAAUAUCGGAUGAGUUCCCUGUUCUUAUAAUAUUUUCUCCCAACUGUAUCAUGAAGAACAUGGAACUCUUCUGACAUUGCUCUGCUCUGCUUAGAUGACUUUUCUCUUGUCUUUCAAAGAGCAAUAUCAGAAGAGUUCCCUUUUCUUUGUGAUAUAGUCGGUAGAAAACGUCAGAAGAAGAACAGGGAACUCUUUUGAUGUUGCUCUUUGAAAGACAUGAAAAAAAGUCAUCUAAAUAGAACAGCAUUAGAAGAGUUGUCUGGUCUUCUUCUGGCAUUUCUUACCGACUGUAUCACAAAGAUGACUUUUCUUAUGUCUUUCAAUGAACAACAGCAAAACAAUUCCCUGUUCUUUGUGAUGUGGUGAAUGCAGCCAGGGAAAAAUGUCAGAAGAAAAACAGAACUGUUCUGAUGUUGCUCUUUGAAAGAACUAAACCAAGUCAUCUAAGCAGAGCAAUAUCAGAAGAGUUCUCUGCUCUUCUUCUGAUGUUUACUACCGUCUAUAUCACAAAGAUGACUUUUCUCCUGUCUUUCAAAGAUCAGCAUCAAAAGAGUUCCCUGUUCUUUGUGAUAUGGUGAAUGAAGUCAAGGGAAAAUGUCAGAAGAAAAACAGAGAACUGUUCUGAUGUUGCUCUUUGAAAGAAAUAAGUAAUCUAAGCAGAGCAAUAUCGGAAGAGUUCUCUGUUCUUCUUCUGAUAUUUCCUACCGACUGCAUCACGAAGAUGACUUUUGCAAAAGAGUUCCCUGUUCUUUGUGAUAUGGUGAAUGCAGUCAGGGGAAAAUGUCAGAGGAAAAACAGAGAACUGUUCUGAUGUUGCUCUUUGAAAGACAUAAACAAGUUAUCUAAGUAGAGCAAUAUCGGAAGAGUUCUCUGUUCUUCUGAUGUUGCCUACCGACUAUAUGACGAAGAUGACUUUUCUCAUGUCUUUCAAAGAGCAACACCAAAAGAGUUCCCUGUUCUUUGUGAUAUGGUGAAUGCAGUCAAGAGAAAAUGAUAGAAGAAAAACAGAGAACUGUUCUGAUGUUGCUCUUUUGAGAAACAUAAACAAGUCAUCUAAGCAGAGCAAUAUCGGAAGAGUACUCUGUUCUUCUUCUGAUGUUUCCUACCGACUAUAUCACGAAGAUGACUUUUUUCACGUUUUCCAAAGAGCAACAUCAAAAGAUUUCCUUGUUCUUUGUGAUGUGGGGAAUAGAAAACAUCAGAUGAAGAACAGGGAAAUCUUCUCAUGUUGCUCUUUGAAAGACAUGAGAAACCCAAGAGGAGCAGCAUCAGGGGAGUUCUCUGUUCUUCUGGCCUAUUCUCCCAACCAUAUCACAGUCUAAAGAACUGACCAGCAGGUGACAAAGUUGUUUCCAUUUCCUUAUCAUAGUAUGCAUUUUUUCUAAAAUUGUGGAUUCUGCAAAAAUAAAAAUAUUCAUGCAAAUUGCAAAAGUGCUCAGAAGAGCAUUUUGAGCAGUUUUACAUUGUUUAAAAACGUAUCAUUUUCUUUAACGGACUUCAAUUAAAGUUGGUACAUCCUAUAACCACUUACAAUUCCAAAACUGCCAAUGUUUAUUCAAGAAUAUAACAGCUCCGUUGUACAAUCCCAAGCUGCUCUGCAGAACAAUCUACAAAUAAGCACACUAGAAUUUGCCUUUCAUCUCAGAGAGAGAGAGUAAUAUAAACAAAAAAUAAAGAGGUUAUUGAACCAAAAUUUAAGGAAAAAUAGUAUAAAUAUGACGGACUGUGGCAAAUAUCUUUGUACUAAACUUUAAAAAAAAAAGAAAAAGCUAAAGUAAGUUAACUUCUCUUCAUAUGUAAUUAUGUAUAAAAUGUUUAAUUUAUUUUGAUCUCUUUAGAAGUAUAAAACAAAAUGCAGCAUUCAAGAAGAUAACUCUUGUAAUGUUUGUUAAUAUAAAAAAAGCAAAGUGUUGUAUUAUCUUGAGUGGAUAGUAUCACAUCAAAUAUAUAUUAAAAUAUAUAUAUAUAUAUAUAUAAAUUCACAAAGGGUUAUAGGGACGGGAACAUUUUUUUUUUUAUUGUUUAAAAGAUGCAGUACUGGUCACUUGCAUGGUGUCUCCCAGUGUAUAUAACUGAGUGUGAAUUCACAAGUGUUUGGUUGAGAAGUGCAAUCGCGGAUUGCAGAUUUUCCCUUAUAAAAAGAUUAUUCUAGAUACCAGCAAGUGGAUGUAUUACCAUGGUUGUGAUGGUGGACAAACAUAUGGCUGAAUGCACUAUUGUUUUUUUUUUUAAUGUCUCCUAGAGAAAAAUAAUGACAAAUUUUAUAAUGUGUGUGUCGUCCAGGCAUACAUGGCUAUAGAGAAUACGAUCAGAUUACCGUUUGGCAGAUUUAAACAGGGGCCCCCAUAUUAAUAGACUUUCCGAAAAAUAUAGACAGCAGAGUAUUUUGUUCAGAUUUUCCUGAAUAUGCAGAUUGAAGUGCACAAUUAAGAGACUGAGCCUUUUCAUUUAUAAAGGGAAAUGUAAACCCUCAGAAGAAAUGCAUAUACAAUUGCUCAGAGCACUUUUGCAAGUUAUGUUAUUUUUUUCUAGUUUUUAAGAUAAUGGCAUUUUUUACAUUGCUAUAAUAGUGAAUUUGAAAGAAGAGCAUCACCUUCUAUUAAUCCCACCCGACUGUAUAGUCAGCAGAAAAUUACGAUGGUGAGAAAAGAAUGCUUAGAAAAUAAAGCUGUUGAGCAAGGGAAGAGUCAUCUGAUGUUUUCCUGGACAGUCGUAAGCAGAGCAACAUCACAAGACUUUCUUCUACUCACUAACCUAACUGUCUGCCGACUGUAUACAGUCGGCUGGAAAUUAAAUUUAGUCAGAAAAGUAACGUGACAUUUCACUGGUCAGUUUUAAGGAGAGCAACAUCACAAGACGCUGCAUUUCUCACAAAAUCUAUUUUAAGCCGAAUGUAGUCAAUCAGCCAAAAUGCACAGCAGGUCUAAAGACUUGCAAGUAUCUUGAAACCAAGAAAAGAAAUAAUGAAUGUAAAUGGCAAAAGUGCUUAGAAGAGUAUUCGUAUUCUGAGCAAUUGUACAUUCAUUUAGAACUACAGGGUUUUCUUUUAAAAGUUGGGGAUGGUUUACUAAUAAAGCUUGUAUUGGAAACUCAGAUUGCAUUUUUGGGUGUCAUAUGGAGGACAUCACAUUGCACAGCAGGGCAAUGCAUUUUGGAUGAAUGCAUGAAAAGCAAAGUGUAGGUGGCAAACCUUAGUAAAUAGGAUUAGUCUACAUGAGUGAUUUGACAUCAACCUCCAGUACUUUGCACCACAUCUUAGUGUUUGGUGAGAAGUUGCGGGGGGAGGGGUUAAAGUCAUUGCAGUGGAAGAAAUAAAUGGAGAUGGUCUGCAAAGUGAUGAACCUCUUUCUCCAUCUGGUGAAGGAAAUACAUUUUGAUUCACCUACCUCCAAGUUUUGGUGCUCAUUAAUUCUAUAAUUCAGUGUUUGUUACGUUCAAGCACCUCUUGAAGGUCCAAUUUUUGUUCAGGUCCAGCUUAAACAUUCCUGUAUGAGUCAGUUCAGCCACGGUUCCAAAAAUAUAACAGAAUAUGUUCUCACCCCAAAUCUCAUCUCAGGGGUUGUGUUUUCCCCAUUUUUGAUGCUUCUGGCCAGGAUAUGUUGAGACCAUCUAAAAAAGAGAGAGCAACAGAGAUCACAUGCAAUAGUUGUUGGACUUUUUCUUAUCGAGCAAGCUGCCAGAGAACCAGAGGAUGUCCCAGUGGGACCAGGCCCUAGUGGACCCCAGUCUGGGAAAAUUCUCAUUGACCUAUUUAACGUAUAUACCAGUAGGCAUCCAAUUGCUGUUAGAACUAAAUAUAUGAUGACUACUAUGAUGCCUUUGUAAUAGGUUUAUGAGGAAUGCAUCAUAUGAGGCAAGCAACAGAGCAGUUCACAUCAUCUCUUCUGUUCAUAUUUUUAUACCUAGCUGCUUAGAUUUCAGAAACCUGUCCCUGUAACUCAACAACCAUGCUUGAUAUCCACACAGCAGAUGGAUGGUACUGACAGAAUUACCUGGAAAAAAAUUAAUUAUAAACCUGGCCUCAAGGAUCAAGCACACCUAAUUAACUGUCAUGCUGCUUGAAAGCAGAUAUCUGAUUGGUUGCUAGCCCCAAAACCAGUUUUAUGCAUAUUAUAGCAGCUCUUUUAUAACCAUAUUAAUUUUUUGUGGUGGUAGAUAGUGUUGGGGUAUUUCUAUCCAUCUUUGUGCUAAUGGCAAAUAGUUGGUUGGCCCCAUAUCAUCUUAUUCCUUUGAGCUGGUUUUGGAAUAGAAAAAUGGCAUGGAGGAUCUCUUAGGGCUCUCAAGCCUAAAACUAUUCAGUUAAGAAGCAUGGGUAUAAAAUAUUACCAGUUUUCCAAAAGGACAGCUAUGAUGUGCAGCAAUCUAAUUCUGGGCUGUGGCCCUCCAGAGAUCCACUGAGCUCUUUGGACAACAUCAUUUUAUCAUAAUCUGGCUCUUGAAUGUGUAGUAUAGGGAAGAACUGAACGGAAAAAGAACGGUAUGGAAACAGCUGGACAGCACUGACCUACAAAGUAAUAUGGAGUAGUCACACAAUUGGAGUAGUCACACAAUUGCCUAAUUGAAGACUGAAGAGAGACUAAAGCUGCUCAUAGACGUGCGAUCUCCCGACCUACCACUAACCAUUCAGAUGAAAUAAAGUAGUAAAAAUAAAUCAGAUUAUGUUCUGGCCAUGAAUUCAAAGACCGCAAUUGUAUGUAUUGUUAUGUCUAACAAAUAGUAGUGACAGUCUCCCAUUGAUAGGCAAUGCAUGCAGAGAUCUUAUCGUUAGCCGAAAUCUUCGAAUCUGUCCGAUAAACUAAAUGACCGAUCGUCAUGGCACAAAAAAUGGGAUGGUCCACACACGGUCCAAAAAUCAUAUGGACGGGUCAAUUAAUAAUAAUAGUUUCUUCUCAUCAUGCAUUGCAAUGGUGAUGCCAUGUUUCUUCUUGUGACAUUCAUGAAAUUAUCUUAUAACGUAGCUGAACAAGAGGUGAUAAGCCUGAGGCUGUUUGUCUAGUGGAAGGUGGGAAAAGAGGGAAGCCUAUAAAACCAGCCGUGCCACCUGCUCAGUCAUUUUAUACCGGGGACGACCCAAUAUGCCAGCAUCUGACCUCAGGUAUAAGUCUGGGACAGUCAUGUCUAGUUGUAGCAGAGACAUAUUUAUGAUAGCAAAGACAGAAUUAUGUACCAAUUUAGUCUAUGUCAACAACAAAACAAAAGGGUAUAGAUGCCAUGGUGGUUUUCAAAACGUUCUUGUAUUGUGUCCAUCACUCAUUUCCGCCCUCAUCGGUGCUGGCAAGGUUAAGAAACAGCAAUAAAGGACGGUUGCUUAGAUAACGUACUGUAGAUAAACCAUUCAUGGGAUCUCGUAACAUAUUUGUCUUGUGACCUUGUGCUUUUUUGAAGUCAGAUGAAACCCAUAAGAUGAGAUGGAUGCACAGAGUCCAUACAAAGCAUUCACCCACACACCAACGAAACUCAACAGAUUCAUCAUGGUGCUUGUUUUACCCUAGAUUUCAUUCUGCUUGACACUUUACCCAAGGGAACAUGGUCCCUCUCUUAUCAGUUGAAUGUUAGCAGCGUUAUUUCAUAGAGUGUGUUGACUGGUUUGAGAACUUCAUUUCCUCAGCCAACCACAGCUGAAAACAGAGAAAAAAAAAGAGAAAUUUUUAUGUGCGAAAGACAGCAACCUUCUUGUAUGUUAAACCACCAGUAUGCUUUGUACAUCUGUGAUAACGCCUGUUUUAUAUUCAAAUGAACAAAUAAAAGCUUUUAUUUUUGUUGCUCUGAAAAAUGA